CACAGAUCGGUUUCAAAUACUCUGUCUCUUUCUUCACCGAAGGCAAACUAACCUAACCUAUCAUCCAGGAAACUGCAGAGGCCAAUCUGGAGGGGAAUGCAUCUGUAGCAUUUUAUCACAGGGCCUGGCAGGAGCUGCGAGAGAAAACAAGAGGAAAUCUGAUCCAUAUGGUGGCACUAUAAAGCUCACCGCUGAUUUGCAGGCUUCAUCAAAACCUGAUCAAGGCUUCAUCACUACUCACGACUGGCAUCCUCCUCUCACACCUGGUCACUGUGCUCUGAUCUUCUCACUCUCUCCUCAGCAGCACCGAUUAUCUGGCUGACCCCUGGGGUGCCUCAACAACAGUCUUCAAAGGUGAUUCUUCUUAGAGAGAUAUGAAGAUACUGGGACAAGUUGCUUUCUUGCUUUUGCUCGGGGGAAUCUGGUGUCAGAACAACCGUAAUGUGAAAGCUAGUGGCAAGUCCACCAAGAAGUCUGGUGGGAACCAAGGAGGUGAUGCUGCUCAGACAUCCCCUGUGGCUGAUCUUACUCCUGGAAGCACUAGAGGGUCUGGAAGCCCUGGAAACACCAGAGGUGCUGGUGACACAGCUGAAGCAGGAGGGGAUGGAGCUGCAAGAGCUCGAGCAGCCAGACCACAGGCAGAUGAUAUGAGGCUGCACUUCCUCAAGAACACCCAAGUUACAUGUAACGAUAGAACAGCAGCUGGGUUUUACCUAAAGGAGUUCAGAGGAAGCCGCCGCUGGCUGUUAUUUCUGGAGGGUGGCUGGUGCUGCUACAGCAAAGAGACCUGUGAUUCCAGGUACCAAAAUAUCCGCCGACUAAUGAGCUCAUCGGCGUGGCCCCAAACAAAAAGAGGAACUGGAAUACUGUCUUCUCAAGCAGAGGAAAACCCACACUGGUAUAAUGCAAACAUUGUAUUCAUCCCAUACUGUUCCAGUGAUGUAUGGAGUGGUACUGGGCUUGCCCCAACCCCUCCUGUGAGACCACGACAAGGCAAAGAGAAAGAGAGAGAUAGAAAUUCAAAUACAACUGAGUAUACCUUCAUGGGAUCCCUGAUCAUCCGUGAGGUAAUCAAAGACCUCAUCCCCAAAGGCAUCAAGCAGGCCAAGGUUGUUAUGCUGUCUGGCACAAGUGCUGGCGGGACAGGUGUUUUGCUGAACAUUGAGAGGGUGGCCAGUCAGCUGGUGCAGCUUGGUGCAGAGGCUCAGGUCCGUGGUCUAGUGGAUUCUGGCUGGUUUCUGGAGAGUAAGCAGCAGACAUCACCUAACUGCCCUGAGACUGUCUCCUGCUCACCUGAAGAUGCUAUCAAGAUAGGACUCAGGCUGUGGAAUGGGGUUGUGCCUGACAGAUGCCGACAGCUCUAUAAGAAAGGGGAGGAGUGGCAGUGCUUCUUUGGACACAAGUUAUACUCUACCUUGACCUCCCCUCUGUUUGUCGUGCAGUGGCUGUUUGAUGAGGAGCAGCUGAGGGUGGAGAACAUAUACAUGGGAGGACAGAGCCUGUCUGAAGAGCAGUGGCAAUACAUAAGGAACCUGGGCACUGAGCUGAAGAACUCUCUCAGAGAUGUUACGGCUGUAUUUGCUCCAUCCUGCCUCUCGCACACAAUGAUCACCAAGAGUAACUGGAUGAGUUUCCAAGUUAGAGGCACCUCUCUGGCACGUGCCCUGCACUGCUGGGACAGGAAUCUGGAGGCAAUCCGCAACAACAAGACACCUGCUAAAGGUUGUCCUUUUCACCUGGUGGACACCUGCCAGUGGCCCCAGUGCAACCCCACCUGCCCAGCCUUGGUGGAUCAGGCCACCCAUCAGGAGCUCACCCUGCUCCAGAUGCUUGUAGCCAUGGGCCUUGACCUCCAGAAGCUGGGUCUAGAUCCCCAGGGAGAAACAGAUUCUCUAGCCAGCAUGGUGAGCAAUGGUGGCUAACUGUAAAAGUGGAUACCAGCGAGAUAGCCAAGCAAAGGCUUGAUAACGGGAUAAAUGUAUUGAAAUUUUAGUGUAACCAUAGAAAUAGUACAGAAAUCAGGUUACAACAUCUUGUGUUGCUCAGCAUUCCAUUAUGCUCCAUGUGUCUGUUCAACUGGUGACUUGGCUGGUAGGUAUGUCAAUAUAUCUGGUUCUGGGUGGUUUGGCUCCCCCUCUACUGGACACCAGAGGAAAGAGCUGUGGGUGGAAACUAAAGGCUUUUCAGUUGUACUGGUUGAAGAGCUUUGAGUUUUAGCAAAUGGCUGGACAAACCUCCAACAACAUUUCAUCCUGUUCACUCUACAGGAGAAUUCAGAGCAUGGUAGUAGAGUUGAGUUAUUUUUUAUGAGUAGAGGCAAGUGCAAAAUGUCAGAGGUACAAACAUGUUGCUUAGACAGGACUUAUAAGAAGAAGAAACAUUUGCACACCUUAUACUGUAGCUUGUAGCAUUUAAAUUAGCAAUAAAUAAUGUGUUAUUCUUAUCCUUUCUGUCCAAAGGUCAUGCCUUUCAUAUGCUAUUCAUGAUUUUGACUUUUCAGAUUCUGAUUGUUACAUUAUAAAAUACAAAAACUGCACACACACUUCCACUUCCAAUGACACUGACUGUGUUUUUGUGGCUUAGUAUGUAGCUCCUGAUGCUGUGCAAUUUUACACACACACACACACCCACCAAAUGUGUGUGUGUGUGUGUGUGUGUAAUAAAGGAAAUAAUCACUAUUCUACAAGAAUUCAUAUCAUUAGUAAUAUAACACAGUUUAAACUUUAAACCUGCUCUCUUAAAUAAUGUUGUGCUAGUUUUGAAAGUCAUUUAGAGAUUUACUGAAACUAUAUGUUUUAUUUUCAUCUAGGUACUA